CGGACCUUAGCGCCAUCCCGCUCCCCCCCCCGCCCCUUGUCAUUGGCGGCCCUGCUGGAGGCAGCGCAGGGACGGCGGCGAUGUCUUGCUGCGGAAGCGGCGCCGGAGGCCUCGGCCGCCUCCUUCUGCUCCUGCAGAAGAAUGGGGUACGGCACUGUUCCUAUUCAGCCACCCGGAAAAACCUGUACAUCACUAAAGAUACAAAGGUUAUUUGUCAAGGUUUCACUGGCAAACAGGGCACUUUCCACAGUCAGCAGGCCUUGGAGUACGGCACCAAUUUAGUAGGAGGGAUUUCGCCAGGCAAAGGGGGCAAAACCCACUUGGGACUUCCAGUUUUUAAUUCCGUCGAGGAGGCUAAAGUAAAAACGGGUGCUACCGCCUCAGCCAUAUACGUGCCGCCACCCUUCGCUGCCGCUGCCAUCAAUGAAGCCAUUGACGCAGACAUCUCCCUUGUUGUGUGCAUUACAGGUAUUCCCCAGCAGGACAUGGUGCGCGAGCACCGGUUGCUUCGUCAGAACAAGACUCGACUGGUCGGCCCCAAUUGCCCGGGAGUCAUCAACCCUGGAGAAUGUAAAAUUGGUAUCAUGCCUGGCCACAUUCACAAGAAGGGAAGAAUCGGUAUUGCUAUCCAGAUCUGGCACUUUGACUUAUGAAGCCG